GUUGCUGGAGACAGCCUGUCCCCAAAGUCAUCUCUCUCCCAUCUCUCUCUCCUCUCCUCUCAUCUCUCUCUCUCUCUUUCUCUCUCUCGCGUUUUGCUUUCUCAUUUCUCUCCCACCUUGCAUUCUCUCUCGCAUUCUCAUCUUACCAGGAGCACAGAUCCGGAUCCCGCGUCUUGCUAUCUCUCCAACCGGUUGUCAUCUAGGUGGUGGUUCUAUUCCGAUAUUUGAAGAUUUGGGGUAUUUGUGUAUUCUGUAUUGAGUUGAAUUAUAUAACUUAAAAGGGAGAACCAGAUGUUUUGAUGAGGUUGCGAGACAAAAUUGAAUAGAAGGGGUAUAAGCUGUUCUGUUUCUCUUAGUUUUUGUUGGGAAUACUUGGCUACGUAACUCCCAAGGAUUCUCAUUGUAUCAAUGCGGCCUAGAAUUUGUUUUGGGUAAUGCCCCAGAAGAGGUUUGAUGCUGAUGCACUUGGUGUGGUGACAGUUUGUUUGGUUUCAAUUUUUGUAGUCUUUGCAUUCUUUUGCAUCGUGUACUGUGUUUAUUUUCGAACGCGCGUUCGUAGGCAGGGGUUUGUUCGUCUUGGAUAUUUUAAUGGGCCUUGGAUUAUCCGAAUCACAUUUAUCUUGUUUGCAAUCUGGUGGUGUGUUGGUGAGAUUAUACGGUUGAACCUUUUGAGGAGUGAGGGUAGACUACUGAAUGUUAAUUUGGAAUGGCAGAGGACUGUUUGCAAAGGCUACAUUGUUUCAAACUUAGGGUUUGCAGAACCUUGCUUUUUGCUAACACUGGUGUUCCUUCUUCGCGGAUCAUUACAGGGGACAGAGUCCGAGACUUUGAGCCAGAAAUGGAAUUGCAAAACUGCGGGCUAUAUACUUCUGUAUUGCUUUCCCAUGUUUGUACUGCAGCUGAUGGUAAUUAUAAUCGGACCAAGGUUAAACAAGGGUGGGAGUUAUUCGCACCAGUUGCCCCGUUACUUCACAAACACAGUUGCAGCAUCUAUGAGUAAGAAUGCCGCUGAUGUAGCUCUAUGUACUUAUCCUUUAUUGAGUACCAUAUUUCUUGGUAUAUUUGCUACAGUCCUAACUGCAUACUUGUUCUGGCUUGGGAGCCGGAUCCUGUAUUUGGUCAUCAAUAAAGGGUUGCAUAAGAGAGUCUACACUUUGAUAAUAUCCGUCACUAGUUUUGUUCCUUUGAGGGUCAUCUUGCUAGGUUUAUCAGUACUGUCGAAGCCUGAACAUGUUUGGUUCGAAACCCUUUCGUUUUUAGCUUUUCUUUCCCUCCUAUGUUGUUCUGGUUUUGGAGUUUGCAUACUGGUUUACUUUCCAAUUGCUGAUUCAUUAGCUUUGAGGAAUGUGCAAGACAUGGAGGCUGGAAGUAGUGAUGAUCAACAGGACACUGUUUCACUGAUUACUAACCAAAGCCCUCUAGAAGAAAUUAGCUUAGGGAGAAACUCUGGUACUUCAGCUAAGCGUGGUUCCAUCUCUUUCCGCACAAUGGAUCAAGACCAUCAAACCUCAGGAACAUUUGUGGAAUUGAGCCUCUUCUCUGCUAGCCAACAUUCAAGCCCACCUGGAUCACCUCAACUUAUGGGAUGGCCCAUGCUCCAUCCUGCCUAAUUGUAAGAACACUAAAAAUGAUCAAGUAGCCGGGGUCCCAGUAAAGUCCAUUUUGUGAUUGUAAAGGAUUAGUUCUAUUAAGGAUUGCAUUUUUGUGUUGUGCAUUUAUAUUGUUUUCAUUUGAGAUGUACUGGUUUGUCUGCUGCCCACCUAUCUUUUUCCUUGGGUGGAACUGUAAAAUAUUUUCUCCCGACAUAUUUUGAUAACAAUUUACAAUAGAUUUGAAUCAAGGCAUUACUUUCAAGAGGUGA